AUGCUUCAGCCAGGUCCAAAACCAUAUCUUCCUCCGACCUUGAGCGCUGACGACAAGGAUAACUCAUUGUACCUGGAAAGAUUGACAGCAAUUACUGGAAUUUCACGCUCUUCGAUAUCUGCUAUCCUCACGCAGCUGCACGGCCCUUGGUUGCUGCAUUUGGGUCAACGAGAACGGAUUUCGGUCUUAGAAGCCACCGCGAGCAUAUAUGCAUGCCUCGGCUACCAACGGAAGGAAGCAUAUAUCCUUCGAGAGGUGCUUGGGUGCAUACUGGAUCUCAUGGUCUGUGGAAGAGAGGAAGACGGCUAUUCGCAAACGCCUGCUGUACCCCAAAGUGCAGGUCUGGGGAUACAUAACGUGCACCCUGUCGGGGGCGGAUCGACCUGGGGUGCUGUAGGCGUCCGCCUCAGCGAAAGCUCUGCCGGCAAUGAUGGCAUCCUGAAGCUCCUCAAACAUGUCUGUAAGGUUCUAGGCAUUAAUCUGGAGGCAGUGGGACUUGCAGAAGACACAAACACUCGGCAAAUCGAAGACCCUCCCUCUCUCAGCAACUACGACGAAGAUAUCGUAGAGGAACUUCGAGAGCCCUGUGGGUGGCCAGAGCUUCAAGUUGGGGUUGUUCGGGAAGCGGUCGCUGUGGCUGAAGCGCUGCCAGACUUUCCCACUGUCGCUCAAUUUGCGUUAUCGUCUCUCAAGACAUUGCAGAGUGUUCUCUCGCCGGGCGACCAAUAUCAUCUCUAUGCCACUGCUUCAAGAGCUCUCAUGACUGCUCGUCGAAGAGGUGAUCCCACAGCCGUGGAGUACUGGUCUGGUCGACCUAUCGUCAGUAUCUCAAUUGCGCCAUUUCCCUCCAUUCGAAUACCUGUCGAGAAGCCACGCUCUAUCCAGCGUAAAACCGUCGAUCCCAAACCGCUUUUGCAAGGGCUCGCUGACCCGUUUCUGUACAAUCCUCGAAAGGCGGUCACCAGCAAGGGGAAAUCACUUAUUGUGCAAGGUGAAGAGCUGGAGUUCAUCGUCACUCUUCAGAAUCCGUAUAUCUUCGAUCUUGAGCUACAGGAGCUCUCACUUAGUACAUCCGGAGUUCGAUUCGAAUCCCCACCACUGCGGGUAGUGAUACCCGCAAACACCCUCCAUCAGGUAGUUCUCACUGGGAAGGCUCUUGAAGCCGGUAAUUUGACAAUACGCGGCUGCUUCGUACAAGCCCCUGGUGGGAUAGCCCGAGAGUAUAUUCUGCCGUUAUACACCAGUGAUGAAGAGGAACGUAUUGCGAGAAAAAGACGCAUGAUCCAUUCUGAAAGUGGACGUUCGAAGUUUUCUGGUCUAGCUCGCUAUCCGUGGACGAGGACACAGAAACACAAGAGCGUCCAGUCUGCGGAGACGGCAGCGGGCUCUUUCCGAUUUUUGGAAUGCAAGGUUGUGCCAGAGCAACCGCUUCUUCGCAUCCGGCGGACCACCGUCACACAUGGUGCGUUGAUGCUGUACGACGGAGAAAGGUCAACUGUCCGCAUAAAUCUCGAAAAUGUGUCGCCCAUCCCUAUCGACUUCUUGCAUUUCGCUUUCGAGGAUUCGACUAUGGAGCCCGCGCAGAAGGCACUCGCUGAAGGAAAUCUGUCGGUGUUCGAAACCUACGAAACUGAGUACAGCCUUAUUCACAGACCUGUCUUCACCUGGGAGCAGGAUCAGCACAGAUCUGUUGCGCCAAACCAUAAUCUUACAUUGACGCUGAAUUGCUUCGGAAAAGUCGGAUGUACCAAUGGUGCUAUCCACAUUUCUUAUGCUCAUGCUGAAGACCCAAAUCUUAAGGACUCCGGUGUCUUCUACAUGCGCCAGGUAUCCUAUCCGUUGAUGGUCACAGUAUACCACAUGCUCGAGUGCAAUGGAAUGGAUCUUGUACCAUUCCCAUCGUACCCGUCGUCUCAGCGCCGACACAGUGACAACAUACAAAAGAAGAGGUUGCGGUAUCUCGACAUCGAAGAGGACUCUGGGUGGUGCUUGUUCUCAAUCGAAGUACGGAACAGCUAUGGUUCGCCAUUUGAUGUUACACUUGAGAGGACACAAGAUGGCGAAUCAGUCGCUUCAUCGACGACCACCAUACCCCCUGGUUCUGUAUCACGGCUUGUGAUACCAAUCAAGAAGGUUGUGCUCGAUGAGAAGGCCCUCUCACAACCGAUACCAACCUUGUCGGAUCGACAAUUCGUUGUUGCAACCUCAACGCUGUCCAAGAGCGAGGAGAGAACACAGCGUGAAUUGUUCUGGUAUCGCGAGGAACUCUUUAAAUGUAUCAAGGGCCGUUGGCAUGAAAGUGGCGGCACUCGUUCUGGGGAGCUGUCCUUCAGGGCACAGCGAAUGACGAUGCAUAUGCUGGAGACGUUCCGCCUAGAGGUUGCCCGUGUUUCAUUGGUGCUGGAUCUUGAAGACAGCACCCCUGAAAACCAUGGACGAACGGGGGCAAGACAGUACCCCAAAGCGAACGAAUUCGUCCAGCUGAAAGCUCGCGUAGCAAAUCUGACAUCGUCGCCUAUUGUAUUCACUCUGGAUUUAGAGGCGAAUCCCUCUGAAUACCUCAUUUACGAGGGGGUUCUGACUGAUCUGCCCAUUGGACGUCUCCAAAGCGGCGAAUUUCGAGAAAUUGUCACCGAACUAUGCUUCCUGUCAUCUGGACACUUCGAGCUAUCAGCCCAGUGA